UUUUUUAUUAUUGCGAUGUUACCUUAGUAUGCGUCAAGAAAGCGUUGUUCUGGAAGAAUGGGACGGUGUCAGCGUGGCGGCGGGCAGCGGGAGCAGCACCAGGCCGAGGUGGAGGCGAUCAGCGGGACAGCAACGGUCCAAGUUGGAGGCGGUCAGCGGGACAGCAAACGGUCCAAGGUGGAGGCGGUCAGCGGGACAGCGACGGUCCAAGUUGGAUGGCAAUCAGCGUGAGAGCAAUGGUGCAAGGUGGGGUCGAUCAGUGGAACCGCAACGGUCCAAGGUGGAGGCGGUCAGCGGGACAGCGACGGUCCAAGGUGGAGGCGAUCAGCGGGACAGCAACGGUCCAAGGUGGAAACGGUCAGCGGGACAGCAAUGGUCCAAGGUGGAGUCGAUCAGCGGGACAGCAACGGUCCAAGGUAGAGGCGGUCAGCGGGACAGCAACGGUCCAAGGUGGAGACGGUCAGCGGGACAGCAAUGGUCCAAGGUGGAGUCGAUCAGCGGGACAGCAACGGUCCAAGGUAGAGGCGGUCAGCGGGACAGCAACGGUCCAAGGUGGAGGCGAUCAGCGGGACAGCAACGGUCCAAGGUGGAGACGGUCAGCGGGACAGCAAGGGUCCAAAGUGGUGGCGAUCAGCGGGACAGCAACGGUCCAAGGUGGAGUCGAUCAGCGGGACAGCAACGGUCCAAGGUGGAGGCGGUCAGCGGGACAGCAACGGUCCAAGUAGAGGUAAUACGAUCACCGGAACAGCCGAUAACGAUUCGAUUCAAUUUCAACACCGCGAGCCUUGCUUCUGGGUAUGCAGACGAUUCUUUGAAUCGUCCCACCAGGGGUACCAAAUUAUGUGUAGGACGCUUCACCUGUGGUAAAAGGACCUGGUGAAUAUCUCCUGUCCUUCACACAAGAGGGGAACCAGCUUCUAUAGUGGUUGAUAUAAUUAGACUCUGAUAUUCUUUGUCGAGUCGAAGCAAGGUGUAAAUCGGUGUUGAAAUGAUUAAAAUACGUGUGAGAUAAUUAGUUUAUUUAACACAAACACUAAUAUUUACAAGUAUCGUACAAAAUAAUUAUUAUUGUUUUUACUACAACAAAAAAACAUACAUAAAUUUGCUAUGUGCAAUUGACAGU